AUGCACUUGGUUACAUUGUAGCGCCGUAUCGGCCUUCCGGGUCGGGUUGAGCCUAACAGAGCCGAGCCUAACAGAGCCGAGCUUAGCCAUGGGGCAGAUCGAGUGGGCUAUGUGGGCUAACGAGCAGGCGCUGGCGGCCGGGCUCAUCAUGCUGACGGGCGGGAUCGUGGCCGUGGCGGGGCAGUUCAAGGGCUGGUACUUCGCGGCAUACGCCAUCGUGGCAGGCGUCUUGGUCUGCCUGCUCGAGUACCCCAGGAGCAAGCGGAAAAAGGGCUCCACCAUGGAGAGAUGUGUCGCUCUGCAGCGGCCAGAAGUACAUGACAGCGGUGGUGAAGCUGUUUGGGCCCCUCACGAGGAAUUACUACAUCCGAGCCAUCCUGCACGCUGUCCUGGCCGUCCCUGCUGGUUUCCUCCUCUCCACCAUUCUGGGCACCGUCUGCCUGGGCAUCGCGAGUGGCAUCUACCUGCUGGCAGCAGUGCGUGGGGAGGAGUGGAGACCCAUCGAGCAGAAGCCCCGGGAGCGGCCGCACGUGGGGGACACCAUCAAGCAGCCACCCAGCAACCCCCCGCCCCGGCCCCCCGCCGAUGCCCGCAAAAAGCAGCCGGUGGAGGUGGGGGGUCAGGUGAACCCCAUCCCUGUCGAGGCUGAGUAACGGGGGGGCCUCCUGCUGCUUCUGUGCUGCUCGCGCUCCCGCUUCCCAGCUGCACCCCGGUCCCUCGGGGGAAACUGGGCUCCUUGGUUCCUGGGGAUCCCCAAGUCCCCAGGGAUGCUCAGCGCCUUGGCGGGUCCCCAGCUCUUGGGGAUGACCAAAUCCCUGGGGAGCACCAGCUCCUCGAGGGAUCCCCAAAUCCCCGGGGAUGCUCAGCUCCCUCCGGAGUCUCCCGCUCCCAGAGGCUCCCCAGCUCCUGGGGAUCCCCAAAUCUCUGAGCGCUCCCCAGCUCUCAUGGGCUCCCAGGCUGCUGGGGGUCCCCAAGUCUCUGGGGAUUCUUAGCUCUCUGUGGGCUCCCCAGCUCCUGGGGAUCCCCAAAUCCCUGGGGGUGCUCAGUGCCCUGGGGGAUCCCCAGGUCUCCAAGCAGGCCCCAGCUCCUUGGGAGACCCCCAAAUCCCUAGGGAACCCCAGCUCUUUGGGGAAUCCCCGGCAUCCCGGGAGGUCCCCAGGCUGCGCAGCCCCACAGGGCCAGGGGGGAUCAGGCAGCUCUGCUCCCUGCACCGGCUCUUGCUGUUUUUUGCCACUUUUGCUGUUGCAAUAAAAAGUGGGAAAGGCA